AUAGAGACAUUCAUGAUGAAGUACUUAAUGUAUCAUUAUUAUCUCAUAAUGGCCACCAUUAGUUGUGUAUGCAGCUUAGAAAUAUAACCAUGAAUUCAUAGACUAUUUGAUUUUUGUUAUUUCUUUUUAAAAUGCUACCCUCAGGCUUUUCAGAUGACCUUUAAGCUGUCUACUUCUCAAACUCCUGUUCAAAUAGUGAAGGAAAACUGGAAGGCAGUCAGAAGUGUUUGCGUGGGCGGGUUUGGUACCAUCACUGACGAUGGAUAUGGAGUUUCAUAUUUGACUUAUGGAGAAAGUGAAGUCUUCUUCUCUGUUCAUUGCAAGAAUUCUUGUCCGACUACUAAUUCGUUUCAAUUUGGGGAAGGGAUCAAGAAAUCUUUUGAUGACAUGAAGGAAUUGUAUUCUGAUAUUUUUAAAGAUAAAUAAAAGAAAGAAAUAUUUUUGCUGUUAAGAAAACUGUCAUUUGUUGUGUUUUUUGUUUGCAUUAUUUUUUGAGGCAUUUUUAUUUGAAAAAAAUGUUUGACCUUUCUGUCGCCCGAAAGGUCAGAAUUGCCGCCUACGCAAAGGACAUAAACAAAACGAUUCUUCGCGCAGUAAACUCCAGCCCUCUCCUAGUCUUCUUCUCUCUUUCUCUCUCUAACAAAAUGAAGGUUGCCCUUUUCGGUGGAAUGGGAGCACUCCUCAACUGUGUCCUGGCCUUACACUCGUCCUCCCUUUCUCUCGCUCACAUUAUAGACGAGCUAUUAGUCCAGCCAUUCACAGCAAUGAAGACCCUUUUGCUCCUUCCCGCUGCCCUCGGAUUUCUCAUAGGAACAGUCACGCUCUUAUUCUGGUCUUUCUUAAGAGCUAUUGUCCUGAGGUCACUGCUCCAGUAUAAUGGGUGGUUCCUGAAACCAAAAAGCCCAUUGAACAAGAUAUGGUACUUGUUGAUGCUCUUCUUGCUCGGCCGCAAGAACUUAGGAGCAGGGAAUUAUCAGAAAUUCUUGCCAUCACUUCCUGUGCCACCUCUUACAAAAACAUGUAAAAGGUAUUUGCAAUCUGUCCAGCCACUACUGACCGAUGAGCAGUUUAGGAAGACAGAGAAAGUUGUAAAUGAUUUUAAAGCUAAAGAAGGCCGAAAGCUACAAAUGUACCUUACUUUAAGGUCAUGGACCCACAGGAAUUGGCUCAGCCAGUGGUGGGAAGAGUUCAUCUAUUUCAGACAGCGAACCUCAAUAUCACAUAAUUCUAAUUAUUUUUGUUUGGGCGCUAGAAGACCUCCCACUCCUCACCAGCUGGACAGAGCAGCCUCAGCCCUCUACCAAACAGUCAUGUUUGUGAAAAAGAUCAAAAGUGGUAGAAUUAAGAAUAUGACUGCUCAGGACCUUGUCCCAUUCUGCAUGGAAGCAAACAUGGAUUACACUAACUCAUCAAGGAUACCAGGAAAGACUGUAGAUCGUAUCAUUAAUUUUGAUCACAAUAAAAUUCACCACACAGUAGUCAUGAGGCAAGGAAAGUUUUACAUUGUUCAAGUAACUGAUAAAGAUGGCCGCAUCUAUCCUCCUACCUUGUUGAAGAAACAGCUGGAGCGUAUUGUAGAAAUGGCUGGCGAUGAGAAAGAUGAAACUGGAGUAAUGACAUUCACUGCAUUACCAAGAGAAGACUGGGCAGACAUAAGGAAGAGACUAGAAGAGGAUCCAGUCAACAAGAAAUCAUUAGAACUGAUUGACAGUUCUUAUAGCAUCGUUGUUCUUGAUACAGAGUCGCCUGACCUUGAUGACUUUAGAGAGAAGUCUCGUCACAUGUUCCAUGGUAAUGUGUACAACCGUUGGUUUGAUAAGUCCUUCUCUAUCAUUGUCUGUGCCAAUGGAGUCAUUGGAUCUAAUGUUGAACACAGCAGACUUGAUGCUACUGUUGCAUGUCAAGGUUGGGAGUACAUGCUACAGCAUGAGGAGUAUGAUGACAAUGGACGUGUUUUACAAUUGUCUGAAGAUGGAUUCCCUAGAGAUACUCAACCUGAGGAGUUGAAAUGGAAUUUGGAGUCCUUCACUGACGACUUAUCAAGAUCCAAAGACCACCUAAGGAGCAUGAUUGCAGACUCAGAUUUAGUUGUUGUUUGUCCCUCUUACGGUAAGAGUGUUCCUAAAAAGUGUCGUCUUAGUCCUGAUGGCUGGUUCCAAAUGGCCCUACAGUUAACCUAUUACAGGAUCUAUCAUAAACUGGUACUAACAUAUGAAUCAGCCACUACAAGACUUUAUUAUAAAGGAAGGACUGAGACCAUUCGUCCUGUAUCAAUGCAGUCUAAAGCUUUUGUUGAGGCAAUGGAUGAUAGCUCUAUUAGUGUGGAGAAGAAGAGAGAGUUAUUGAAAGAAGCUAUCAAGUAUCAGGAGCAGUAUAAGUUUGAAGCUAUGAGAGGGAUGGGUGUUGAUAGACAUUUGUUUGGACUCUACAUUGUAGCUAAGUGGCUCAAGAUGGACCCAAUGCCUGAAAUAUUUGAAGACGAAGCUUUUCAGUUGAAGUUCACCUUGUCCACCUCUCAGACUCCUACCCAGUGCAUUAAAGAGAAAGAUUACGAUGAUGAGAAGAGGACAAUUGUUGGUGGGUUUGGCACAGUCACUGAUAAUGGAUAUGGAGUCUCUUACAUUAUAUCAGGAGAAGAGACAGUCUAUUUCUCCAUACAUUCAAAGAAUUCCUGUACUGAGACAAGCUCUGAGAGAUUUGGUGAAGAAUUAAAGAAAUCGUUUGAGGACAUGAGAGAAAUCUUUUCUUAACACUGUAUAAUGAUAGCCAUUAAAGCACAGUAGUUAUUUCUAGUUUGACAAACAUACCUAAAUUAUUAUUAUUAUUAUGAUAAACACACUAUAGCAUUUAGAUGUGACUUAUAUUAUUGU